AAACAAACCUUCUGAAUGACUAACGCUUUCUCUCAACCCUCUCCUCCCUCAGCCAAAACUCAUGUUCAACUCCACUGCUGUUCUUUUUCUUUCCAAUAUUUAUCAAUUGGAUCCGGACCCAUCUCCACCUUCUAGUAAUCUCUUAUUCCCUUCAUUAGUCUCAAGCUUUUGUUGGUCCAUUCCAAAACCACACGAAACCCUCCAAUCUCUGCAAAAUGCCGAAAAUGUCUUCUAAAAAUGAUUCUUUUCAAUCGGAGGCAGCGGUAACCAAAGAUGUUUUUCAGGAUUCUUGUCAGAAAAGGGAAGGGAUGGGUGCAUUCUUCAUUCUCUUGUAAGUCUUUAAUUUCUUUUGGUCGUUCUUUUUCGGUUCAUAGUGUUUUAUUGAGUACAAGUUCUUCUGAGACUGAACAAACCAACGAAGAUGAAAUUGAGGCCCCUAUCGCUGAAGACAUAUUUAAGUGGGGUCCUAAGUUUGGUGCUUACAAACAGGGUGAUUCUACCUUUUAUUUUCUCGUUAAGAACUACGCUGACGCCGGGGACUUCAAGUCGUUGGAGAGGGUCUUAGACCGAAUGAAGCGUGAAAGGAGGGUCUUUACAGAGAAAAUUUUCAUCAUUAUAUUCAAAGCUUAUGGAAAAGCAAAUUUGCCCGAUAAAGCUGUGGUUUUAUUUGAACGAAUGAUGGACGAGUUUCAGUGUAGGCAAACCGUUCGAUCAUUUAACUCAGCUCUUAAUGUUCUCGUUCAAGCGGGUCUCCUUGAGCGUGCUAUGGAAUUUCACUCACACGGCGUGGGAAGGGGUGUUUCGCCAAAUGUUCUCACUUACAAUUUAAUCAUCAAAGCAAUUUGUAAAUUGGGGUUGGUAGACAGGGCUAUUGAAAUGUUCCGUGAAAUGCCACUUCGAAAUUGUACUCCUGAUGUGUUCACUUAUAGCACUUUGAUGGAUGGGUUAUGCAAAGGCAAUAGAAUUGAUGAAGCUGUUUCCUUGUUGGAUGAGAUGCAGAUUGAAGGGUGCUUCCCGAGUCAUGUGACAUUUAACGUCUUGAUCAAUGGAUUGUGCAAGAAGGGCGAUAUGUCCCGUGCUGUGAAACUUGUGGACAAUAUGUUUCUUAAAGGGUGUGUUCCAAAUGAAGUGACUUACAACACUCUCAUCCAUGGUUUGUGUCUCAAAGGUAAGUUGGAGAAGGCUGUUUGUCUUCUGGACCGAAUGGUGUCAAACAAGUGCAUGCCGAACAAUGUCACAUAUAGCACAAUCAUCAAUGGGCUUGUCAAGCAAGGGAGAGCUGCUGACGGUGCCCGUGUCUUGGUCUCUAUGGAGGAACGAGGGCACCCUCCAAAUGAAUUUGUUUAUUCAUCUCUUAUUAAUGGAUUGUUUAAAGAGGGGAACUCGGAAAGGGCAUUCACAUUGUGGCAAGAGAUGAUAGAAAAGGGAUGCAAGCCAAAUACUGUUGUUUAUGGUGCUCUUAUUGAUGGCCUGUGUCGAGAAGGUAAACCAGAUGAAGCCAAGAAGGUUCUCUUAGAGAUGGUGUCCAAAGGUUGUAUACCUAAUGCCUAUACUUAUGGCUCCAUAGUGAAGGGCUUUUUCAAGACAGAAAAUGUUCAUCAAGCAAUUCUCACAUGGAAGGAGAUGGUGCAGAAUGGAUGUACUCCUAACGAGAUUUGCUAUAGCAUACUCAUCCAUGGCUUCUGCGAAAACGGGAUGCUUCAGGAAGGGUUAAUGGCAUGGAAGCAGAUGUUAGGCAGAGGAUGUAAGCCUGAUACUGUGGCAUACAGUUCAAUGAUCCAUGGCCUCUGCAAUGCCGGUCUGGUGGAUGAUGGUUUACGGCUCCUUAAUGAGAUGCUUUGUGAGGAAUCCUACUCUCAACCAGAUAUUGUUACUUAUAACAUACUCUUUAAUGGUUUGUGCAAGCAGGGUAACAUCUUACGUGCCAUAGAUCUCCUCAAUGGAAUGUUGGAUCAGGAUUGUGAACCAGAUCUAGUUACUUGUAACAUUUUCUUGAAGAAUUUGCAAGAGAAAUUAAACCCACCUCAAGAUGGGAGAGAAUUCCUAGAUGAGCUUGUGGUCCGGCUGUCUAAGCGGCAAAGAGUUGUUAGUGCUUCAAAAAUUGUGGAGGUAAUGUUGCAGAAAUUUCUUCCACCCAAGGCCUCCACUUGGGAGAGGGUCAUUAAGGAUCUCUGUAAGCGUAAGAAAGUGCAAAUGGCCAUUGAUAUUGUUUGGAGCAAACUAAUUGACUGAUUUCUGGUUACAGAUUCUUUCUUGUAAUAUUCUUUCUUAUAAUUUAUUAAACACUGUAUAAUAUCAUGUCAUGGUAUUGAUCUUAUCAGAGAGAGAUAAUACAGGAAUUUUACCAUCUCAGAGGCUUCUUUUAUUCAUGGAAUUUCUUCCACUGUAUUGCGUCCGGCAUCCAGUAGAAGAAUAAUCACAUUUUGAAGUCAAGGCUGUUAUUGAAUUUGUUUUCUUGGCUAGGGGUGAGCAUAGUUCGGUUUAAACUGAAUAACCGAACCGAAAUUUCAGUUUCGGUGCAUUUGGUUUGGUUUGUUUGGAUAUUCAGUUCGGUUUCGGUUCUUUAAUAUUCGGUUUUUGGUUUCAGUUGGAGUAUUUUGUGUUUCGGUUGACCAAAAUAACCGAUAUUAUAAGGGUAUAUUAGUAAUUAUUACUAAACCCCUCUUUGUUUAGGCCCACCAAAACGAUUGAGAGUUGAACAGUAGUCUUGACAAGCGUAAGUCUUCCUCUCCAAGUCUCUGUGUCUGGCGACUGAUGUCUGACUGUCUUCCCACUUCUCAGUUUCCUCUUUUCGAAGCAACAACCUCAUACUCUGGCAACGGCGACGGCGAGCAGCGAGUCGACUGUCUUCCCACUUUCCCAGUUCUGUAUUGUGCUAAGAGUCUUCCUCUUCAAGUCUGUGUUGUGCUCUGUCUGCUUUUGGUCUGGUGUCUGACUGUCUUCUCACUUUCCUAGUUUCCUCUUUCCGAACUCCGAAGCAACAACCUCAUAGUCUCAUACUCCGGCGACGGCGACGGCGACGGCAAGCAGCGAGUCGGUUGUCGAAGUCUACUCUCAGAGUUAUUUAUAAUCCAUGAGAACUUGGAAGCUGUCUACGACUUGCUUGAUGUGGGCGUUUAUAAUGGAAGAUUUCCUUUUGACAUCAAUGAAGAUGAAUGUGUAUUUCUUACAAUCAAUUUCUUCUGUAUUCCUUGGGGAUAAUACUUGGGAUAUCUUUAGAAAUUGAAGGGGCCAAUAUAGGGAGACUCUGUUAUCUUUUGCUGUUUCCUCAUUAGUGCCAUAUUUUCUUUCUGGAUCUGAAUCAGAUGGUGAAAAAUAAGAAACUGGUCCCUCUGAGACUGAGAGCCUAUAUAGAAGAUAUAUUAUAUCACUUAUGGAAAUAUCCCGUUGUACAGGUCUAGAUAUUUUUCAAGUUUCAAUAAAGUGCUUCUCUUAUUACGACAGACUUCAAAGCAAUACUUAUCCAGAGUAACAGUGUCAGCCAAUGAUGAACCCUUUUCUCAUAUAAGUGUGGAGAUUAGAUCAAGUUAACUAUGGUUCUGCCAAAGGUCUUCUAAACAGCUGGAGUGAUAGUUGGUGAGGAACCAAGCUCUUCCAACAUAA